AUGUCGGACUCUACUGUUGGCCAGACGAAGCAGUUUGGAAAGGGCCAGAGGACUGUGCCGCACCCGGCUCAGAAGGCCCAGAAAUGGUACCCCGUUGAUGACGAGACGCAGCCCAAGAAAGUCCGCAAGACUCUGCGUCCCGCCAAGCUCCGUGAGAGCCUCAAGCCCGGUACUGUCCUGAUCCUCCUCGCCGGUCGCUUCCGUGGCAAGCGUGUCGUUCUCCUCAAGCACCUCGAGCAGGGUGUUCUGCUCGUGACCGGACCCUUCAAGAUCAACGGUGUUCCCCUCCGCCGUGUCAACGCCCGCUACGUGAUCGCCACCAGCACCCAGGUUGACAUCACCGGUGUUGACGCCCAGACCAUCGAGAAGGUCUCCGCUGCCGACUACUUCACCAAGGAGAAGAAGGCUGAGAAGAAGACCGAGGAGGCUUUCUUCAAGCAGGGAGAGAAGCCCGAGAAGAAGAAGGUUGCCAGCGCUCGUGCCAGCGACCAGAAGGCCAUUGACCAGUCCAUCCUGGCCUCCGUCAAGAAGGAGAACUUCCUUGGCAGCUACCUCGCCACCACCUUCAGCCUCCGGAACGGUGACAAGCCCCACGAGAUGAAGUGGUAG